CUUUUGUGCUCGACGAGGAAUUCGACGGCUUUCUGGCUUCUAGUCGGAGUUGGAUAUCCCAUCUCAAUGUUUGCUGAAGUACAGAGGAUGGCACCCUCAUACUCAGACUACGUCUUUGCGCAGAGCAAGCGGAAUCCCUGCCUCAUCAAUCUUUGUCAAUUCAUUGCAAAUGAUGAUGCGAGAUAUGGUUGUAGAAUUGCCAGCCUUCAAUUCCGCAGCGAUUGUAAAAAGCCUACUCGAGUCGAUCUCGGUCUACAAGAACUCGAGGCCAUCAUAUGUUCAGAUGUUCAUGGCUCUGGCCGUCUCAUCAUUGUCGAGGAUCUCAAUGGAGCUGUCAUAGAAACGCUAGGAUCAGGCUUGGAUAUUAAUCCGCUGUUCUUCGCAUCACAUAUUCAUGGACCAAAGGUAGAGAUCACAUCAUCUAAGCCAUCAGCGGCCAUCCUGCCGUCUAAAAUGUUGAGCCAGAACUUCCUCAGUCUUCAGUAUCAGCGCUCGGUCGACUUCGGUCCAUGUACGAUGGUACCAAAGAAGAUGUCACGCGACUGCAAUGUGCCACGCAAGGUGGUGAUUCUGCCACCCAUGAAGGAUACACGAAUCGGACUGGAACAACAAAGCUGUUCCAUCUUGAUGUCAACUACAAGAUCAAAUUCAUGGCUAGGCGUAAUACUGGUUGACAAGCCGAAUUCAGACAAGUACACAUCUCCAGAAAAGAAAAUGGUCCUUCCGUCACGACCGUUCCAGGGUGGGUACGAAGACUUCUCGAAGCGUCCAUCGCUUUUCGAUGAUGAUAGGGGAUAUCCUGAACGAUCAUCGCUUCUCGAAGACUUGAUAUACUUCUGGACGAAAGAGUUGCCUCCCGCUUUCGACAACGAGCAACCCACGCUACUGUCUCUGUCUUACUACCCUCUCAAAAUUGCAGCCGCAGAGUGGGUUAGCUACAUCUCCGUGAUGAGCAACAGCAUCAAACAAUUUGAGUAUACUACAGAAGCUCCGUCACAGAAAGACGGACUCCAAAAAAUUGAUUCAGACUUGCGAUCCCUCGAAACAUGGGGUCGUCGUUGCUUGCAGACCUCAAGCAAAUUGCAGGCUGCCCUUGAUUUCCUCAAACACCACACCAAGGACAAUUCAGGGCUAGAACAAUAUUCCAUGAUGAUUCAAGAUUUCGAACACAUCAUGGGGUUGGUCUAUACUUACGGUCAUCGACUCGAGAUAAUGGUGCCAGUGGUUACUUCGGUACUCCAGAUCGCAGACACACGUCGCUCAUUGAGGGAAGCAGCAAAUGUCACUCGAUUGACCAAUCUUGCGUUGCUUUUUGUACCACUGUCAUUCGUGGCGAGUCUUUUCAGCAUGAAUGGUAGCAUCACAAGACAUGGCUUGGCGAUUUACUUCGCAAUCGCCAUCCCUCUCUGCGCCGUUGUAUUCUUCGUCGCACGUCUGCCGGUCAUUGACUUUGCUAGCAUUAGCCUGGCCUUCAGGUACAAAGAGCGCAGGGAAGCAAGAAUGAAGUCUCGGGGUUGA